UUUUUUGCCUCUUCUUGUUUUUAUGUAGUAUUUCAAGGUAAAGGGCGACAGAAAGCUUUUGUAAGAACCAACUGCCAACAAGUGGGUUGCCAGGAUUUUAUUUUGAAAGAACAACAUGCUCCGGGAUCCAAUGAUGUGUUCCAUACAAGAUUCAAAUGGAAGUCCAGCUUCUUAUGAAGCUACCGAAUUCUAUGAAUCUCAGUCGCAAGUACAAGAGUUUGCGUAUCUUACUGAAAUUCGGACUGAAGAUUUGGUUCCAUUUUUGCCAACUGGAGAAGUUUCUCAAUCCCUUAGUCAACUCAUCGAACAAGAGUGUGCUGAAAAUCCAAAUCCACAUCCAAAUUUAAAUCAAGUCCUUCCUGAUUUACAGGAACAUGAUAAAUAUGGUCUUAAUUUUGAAUUAAAUUUGAAUGGACAACAAAAAGGCAAAGUCAAUUGGUUCUAUUCCGAAACUUCCAAUAAAGUUUACAUAAAACUUAAUGAAAUUUUUAAUGUUGAAGUUGUUUAUAAACCAAGAUCAUCGAAUGAGAAAAUAUUCAUACGCACAAUGAUGGUUUUCAAUUCGGAAGUAAGUGAGCCAGUUGUUCGUUGUGAGAAUCAUAGCAGCAAAGAUCCAGCUUUGGAGAAAAACAUUAAGCAUAGUGUCCUUCGAUGUGAGAAUCCAAAUGUUAUUUAUCAAGGAACUGUAGAGGGCAAAAAUAUAAGCGACAGAUUGUCGGUACGCAUUCCAUUGGGCUGUGUCCAGCCGGAUGGAGAUGAAGAAGUCAAACAAACUGUCGCUUUAAAAUUUGUUUGUCAGAAUUCUUGUGUCGGCCGUAGAGAAACUUCCAUCAUUUUUUAUAUGGAAAAUGCUAAUGGUGAAGUUUUGGCUAAGAGAAUUACAAAUGUUAAAAUAUGUAGUUGCCCAAAACGGGACAUGCGUAAAGAUGAAGAAACUCAGAUGCCAAAAAAGAGGUCACGAAAAGAUGAAUGUCCAAUUGGUAAAAAAAUUGCAAAAGUUGAUAGUGAAAUAAAAAUUGAACCUAAACAAGAAGAAGAUGAUGAAGAAGAUUCAUUUUCUGGUUCAACUGAAACAAAUGACAUAGUUAUGACGCCCAAUGGUGGUGUUAGAAUUACUAUGGAAUUGCCAGAUAUGGAAGCAGCAAAUCAUGUUUAUGAGUGUGCUUUUAAUAAAGUUGCUGGACAAAUGGCUUUGAAACCAGAAAGUGCCAUAAUGUAUGCUAGAAUUAUUAAGGCUCUUAAGAAGAGUUAUGCAAAAUCAAGACGUUUGACUAAUGAACCACAAAAGUAAUAACGAUGACACAAUCACAUCAACAAAAGAAAAAAAAAAAAAUUAGUACCUUAAUAAUGAUUAUUGUUUUUGUAAUACAAUUUAAUUUUAUAAAAGCCUUAAAAGGCGCAAUUUGUAUCAGCUUCCAUAGACUUUAAGACUAGCUGUUAAUUUAUGUUGGCAAUUAUUGUCAAUUUUUUUUUCAGUUUCCUGGUGAAACAUUAUAUUAUUCUUAGUAUAUAAGAAAAUAUUAUUACGUUCUUUUUCAGUUAUAAAUAUCAUUUUUUUUUGUUUGUUUUAUAUAUGUAAGACUUAUUUACUGUUUAUUUAAGUACAAAAUAUUAUUUUCUACUUUUUUGUUGGUAAAAUAACGCGCGCGUCUAAUUGAAGCAAGACAACACAAAACCGAUGGUCAAUUAAAACUCGGUGCAUUAUAUUUUUUAAGAUGAAGCGCGUUACACCAUUAAUCCACUACCUUUUUUUUAUUUUUUUGUUUUCAUUAAGAAUUCAUUUUCAACAUAUUGGUAUUCAUAAUUUCAUUAUAAUUUUGUUUUGUUUAUUUUAUUAUAACACAAGAAAACGAAAAACUUUCCGGAUUUGCUUUUCGUUUUACUUCCCUACCGAGUGCACGUUUUUGGUUGGCCAUCGUUUCUAUGAGUACAAAUGUUAUAAUAAACUAUUGUUUAUUAAUUCAAUUCAAACAACUAAAUUUUAAUGAUAACUCAAGUUUUUAAAUUAUUAAAAAAAAAGAAAAUCAUGUGCCUUCAUACAAUGUUAAGAAUUUAAUCUGACAAGAAAUAUAGAAACUGUAUUAUGAUUUACUUGGAAAUAUCACAUUUAAAUAAUAUGUAAAUGAUGUCACUUAUUGCAUUGGGUUUGUAAUAUUGAAAAGCAAUGAUAACGAUUGUUUAUAGUUUUAAGAAGUAUCAAGAUUUUUAUAAAAAAAACAACAAUGUUUCUUAAAUUGUAAUACUUAAUUUUUACGAUAUAAUAAUAAAAAAAUAUAUAAAAAUAAUAAAAAUAAUGUAUACAAAAGUAUACAGUUAAAACACA